AUGCUUGCCGCGGAAAAGCUUCUCCUUGCGAACCAGUCACCGGUUUCCGUCAUAGAAUCAUGCAAAUCCAUCAAAGAAGCACUCCAGGUUCACGCCCAAAUCAUCCUCAAUGGCUUCACCCGCCACAACUUUAUCCUCAGCAGACUCAUCUCCUUCUUCGCCCUCUCGGGUUCUCCAGAGGGCCUUCACCAUUCUCGACUUCUAUUCUCCCAGAUCGAUCGACCCAACAUCUUCAUUUGGAACACCAUGAUCAGGGGUUACUCUCGCAACGAUUCCCCUAGCGAAGCUAUCCUUCUCUACAAGUCCAUGAUGGUCAGGGGCCUCGUUUUUCCCAAUAACUUCACUUUUCCUUUUCUAAUAAACUCUUGUGCUAGGCUGCACACCACUCAUUCUGGGGAGGAGAUUCAUUGUCACGUAAUCAAGUGUGGGUUCGACUCAGAUCUCUUUAUUUCUAAUUCUUUCAUGGGUUUUUAUUCUGUUUUUGGAGACAUACAGAGUGCCCGGAUCUUGUUCGACCUAUGUCCCCACAGAGAUCUUGUCUCGUUUAAUACCAUGAUCAGUGGAUGCGCCCGUGGUGGUCAACCUAUUGAUGCUUUGCGGCUUUUUGGGGAGAUGAUUGUUUCGGGUAUGGAGCCUGAUGACUUCACUGUUGUUGCUCUAUUAUCUGCUUGUUCGGCCUUGAGUGAGCCAAAGCUUGGGAAACAAAUUCACUGCCUAGUGCGCAAGAAAUCCAUUCUCUAUGAUUCUAAUGAUUUGUUGACCGGUGCUCUGGUCGAUAUGUAUGCCAAAUGUGGGAUAAUGGACAUGGCAGCUCGGGUUUUUAAUGAAAUGGGAACCCGCAAGUCUACUGUGGCCUGGAGUUCCAUGGUAUUGGGAUAUGCCAGAUGUGGACAGAUUGUGAUUGCUCGUCAACUGUUUGACCAGAUGGAUGAAAGAGAUUUGGUCUCUUGGACAGCCAUGAUCAGUGGUUACUCUCAAACAGGGAAGUACAAUGAGGCGUUGCAACUUUUUGUAGAUAUGGAAGGUAUGGGCAUGAAGCCAGAUGAAGUUACUCUUGUUACUGUUCUUUCAGUCUGUGCUCGGUUGGGUGCUCUGGAUAGUGGCAAAAGGCUUCACUACCAAUAUGUACAAGAUGGAUCGUUUAAUCAUAACGUCAUUCUCACUACAGCUAUCAUAGACAUGUAUGCCAAAUGUGGAAGCAUAGAGACUGCACUUGAUAUUUUCCAUAGAGUUCCAGAUAAAUCAAAGACUAUCUUCCUCUUCAAUUCCAUGAUCUCUGGUCUUGCUCAACAUGGGCUUGGUAAGACUGCAAUUACUAUUCUUAGAGAAAUGGAGUCUGUAGGUCUUAAACCAGAUGAUGUUACUUUUGUUGGGCUUCUAUGUGCUUGUAGUCAUGGAGGCCUAAUCCCAGAGGGCAAGAAACUGUUUGAUUACAUGCUUAAGGAAUAUGGAAUUGAACCACAAAUUGAGCACUAUGGUUGCAUGGUUGAUCUUCUUGGGAGAGGUGGGCAUUUGAAUGAGGCCCAUGACUUUAUUCAGAGAAUGCCAUUUGAGGCAAACAGUGUAAUGUGGAGAGCUCUACUGGGUGCUUGCAGAAUCCAUGGAAAUAUUGCAAUAGGUGAUAUUGCAGGCAAGAAACUCUUAGAAUUGGAACCUCAUCAUGGGGCCCGAUAUGUUCUGUUAUCUAAUCUUUUUGCUGAUGUCAACCAAUGGGAAGAAGCAGGAAGAAUGAGGAAACUGAUGGAAGAAAGGGAUAUCCAGAAGCCACCAGGGUGGAGUUAUGUUGAGUUCAAUGGCACUAUACACAAGUUUUUAGCAGGUGAUAAAUCACACCCGCGUGCCAAAGAGAUUGAGUUAAUGCUUGGGGACAUGGCUAGGCGACUGAAAUCAGUUGGGUAUGUCCCCAAUACAACCCAUGUUCUGUUUGAUAUAGAUGAGGAAGAGAAAGAGACUGUUGUUUCUUAUCACAGUGAGAAGUUGGCUCUGGCAUUUGGGCUUAUCAGUUUCAGUGCAGGGGUUACUAUACAUAUAGUGAAGAACCUUAGAAUCUGUGGAGACUGCCACGCAGCAUUUAAGCUUCUCUCUAAGAUUUUUCUUCGAGAAAUAGUAGUGAGGGACACAGUCAGGUUCCACCAUUUUAAGCAUGGAUCAUGCUCUUGUAUGGAUUACUGGUGAGUGGAUUUAAACAAGUUCUACAUGAAAGGUGAGAAUGAGAUCACAGAUUCUUAU